CCAAGGUUGAUUAUGGAUUGUUUCCUUGAGAGUUUUGUGGCCCUUUCAUGAAUGAAAGUCAGCCAAAUCCACAAUCUGCAUCAAUACUGAACCGCCCACAAGGGCUCGAUCCUCUUUCUAGGGCCUUUAUCUCGGGAUAAACCUCAGGUAUAGAAGUCAGGAUGAAUGCCUAGGUAUCCCACUACAAUGCAUUGCAUAGUAACUGGACGUGGCCCUUCCACAUAGCCUUUGCCAUGACGUGAUACUCAAUGCUGAGACAUCCUCUUAUUUUGCGGCAGAAAAGUUGCACUUCUAUUCAUCGUCGGAUUACUGCUUGACAUAUAACUUCCUUGCAUCUAUUAUGCAGCGUCGACAAGUUCACCCUGGGUCCCUUUGGGUCUUAAAGGCGCUGAUAUCUAUUGUCGCAUGGCUGCCAAAUUAUGCCCUUGGAGCAGUUGUGAGAACAGGAGCGAGAUUCGAUUUCGCCUUGCGAACGUUUCCAUCGCUAACCAUAAUGCUACCAUGGCACCGGCAAACACAUCGAACCGGUUCUCAACUGGUGAUUUCCCUGUCUGUACCGAGCUAGAAGGACCCUUUGUCCCGUUUUGUCUCCCAGAAGAUGGCGCGGAUGUCCUAGUCGAUUCAACCUACUAUGUGACAUGGAAUGCCGAUUUCUAUCCCUUAAAUGCAACCAUCACAAUCGAACUGAGAUACUCCGACUUGCUAGAGGGGUCUUCUGCAUUUACUUCUGAAAAGACUGAUAACAGCUAUGGAUAUAUCCCUCUCCACAUGAGCAAAGAGUGGCUUCAAGGGAAACAAAACAAUACAUUGACACUUUACAUUAUUGAACUUGAUUCCGCCUUGGAUCGCAGGGCGAGUGCCCGACAGGGUCCAACCAUUACGCUUCGCCCUAGACCCGUGGAGCAUUAUAAACCAUCCCCGCCACCACGAUUCAAUAAGCUAGCACUGUGUAUCGGCCUCCCUGUGAGUCUCAUUGUCGUGAUCAUCGUCGUGGCCACCCUAGUUUUUUCAAUGCGGAACUCCAGACACACAAUUAUGAGUAGCGCCUUCUGGGUUUCUCGCAAGAGGGGAUACGGAAUUGGAAAAUCUAUAUCCCAGCGUUUGAAGAGCGACAUGAAAGAGAGCAGUGGAUCUGAUGACUCUGCGGGCUCGAAGUGGUACCCAAAUGAUAUUGAGGCAGGGCUACUUGAAGGCACGGGCUUGGAGAGGCACAACCAUGAUCUCGAACGCGGUGGCACCUAUCCGUUCAGACGGGAUGUGUCAAGGUUGAAAAGCUGGGUUGUAUGAGUGGCCGCAUAGCCAUGUAUCCUAGCUACUCUUACCUCGAAAAAUCGGCAAUUUGGAAAGGAAGAAGCUGACUGCCAUCUCGACGCAGUGUUUGGUUUCCCCUCGAAACAAGACCGAAGAGGCUGUCUGUACAUUCUUUGAGGCAAUAAGUCAU